AUGUAUCUCUCCUUUACUGUGCUGUGCCUAAGUGUGGUGAUAAAUAAUGCUGCUGCAAGUGAAUGGUGCUACACAGGCUGUGAACACACGCCCAGCCACUGGAAAGACCUGGACGGCUCUCACUGCGGGGGUGAAAGGCAGUCACCCGUUGAUAUAGUGAGCGGCCACCUUGAGCGGGACGAAAAGCUUCUCAAUUUCAAUUUUUUCAAUUUCACGUCAAAGCAGUCCUUCAAGGCCUUCAUAAAUAAUGGACAUACAGCUAAAUUUUUACUGGAAGAUAAUGAGGUUGAACUGAGUGGAGGUGGACUCGAUGGCGCAUACUCCACAUUGCAGCUUCAUUUUCACUGGGGCGACACAGUGCACCAUCCCGGAUCGGAGCACACCGUCAAUGGGCACAGAUACCCUAUGGAGAUGCACAUCGUGAACCUGAAGAAAGGUCUAACAGUGGAGCAGGCCCUCCAAGAUCCAACUGGCAUUGCCGUUCUUGGCUUCUUCAUCGACGCGACUGAAGAUGAGAAUUUGUCAAGUCCUUGGAGUGUCUUGACCUCUUACCUUUUGAGCGAUAUAGACACUGAAAUCGAUGUGAUACACGACAUCUCCAUUAACGACCUCAUUGGGGAUGUGGAUCUCACCAAAUACUACCGUUACAUGGGCUCGCUUACUACCCCCUCCUGUAAUGAAGUGGUGGCGUGGACGGUCUUUCAAGAGCCUAUCAUUGUCAACAGAAUUCUGCUUCAACAGUUUCCAUUGAAGACAGGCCUCACCAAUGUAUAUCGCCCAGGACAGGAAAUCAAUGGACGUCAAGUGUAUUCUUCUGCUGGAGUUGAUUUGCCUUCCAGUCACGAAUGGUGCUAUGGUGAAGAAUGCGAGUUCAGUCCUCCCAAUUGGCACCUUCUGCCCGACUCGCAAUGCGAUGGACAGCGCCAGUCGCCGGUUAACAUCGAAGCACAGAAUGCCACAAAGGAAGCGAAACUUGACGGCUUUACGUUUACAAAGUUUGACGACAAACAAGUCAUCAAGUACAUCACAAAUACAGGCCAUACAGUCAAGUUUGUACUAAAUGAGGGAGCAAUGGAGGUCUCAGGAGGCGGCCUUGGUCACAUCUACACAACUCUCCAGUUCCAUUUUCACUGGGGUUCCUUAUCCCCAGACUCCAAAGGCUCUGAGCACACGAUUGAUUCCAAAAGAUUCCCAAUGGAGGUGCACAUAGUGAACAAGAGGAAAGAUUUAACUCUGGAGAAUGCAGUCAACACCACAAAUGGCCUGGCAGUGAUGGGCUUGUUUAUUGAGGCCACAACAACCACCAAAAGCGGCGGUUCUUCUGACCACAACGAAGAUUCACAUGACUCUGCUGAUGACUCCACUCAUGAGUCCUCAGAUAACGUGAUGACUGGCGCCUGGAAAGUACUAAGCAACUACCUGGAGCAGAUACAAAGCAUUGGUUCACAGGUGGAAGUCACUGAAGACCUCUCUCUCGCCGAGCUCCUCGGUCACGUGAACCUCGGUUCUUACUACCGCUACAAUGGCUCGUUAACCACACCGUCAUGCAACGAAGCAGUGGUCUGGACCGUCUUUAAAGAGUCGAUUAAGGUGCAUCCGAAACUGCUGAUGAUGUUCCCGAACCAAACCGGCUUCCAGGACGUCUUCCGGCCCACGCAAGAUCUUCACAGUAGGAAAAUUUACACCACAGCUGGAGUCGGAACGCUCGCACCCAUUAAUGCACAGCGACUCAGAAUUGAUGUUCUCCUUGGGUCCUUCAACAACCAGUGUCUCCUCACAUUCUUGGGGGAGCUACAGGACAUCCUGAUUGACCAUCAGCGGCAGAAUCUGGUUCCAGCACAGCCUCCUCCUAACUAUGUCAUCAUCUGGGACAACAUUGGCUUUCACCGCACCAGCCAGAUUAGAGAGUGGUUCAAUAUACACCAACAAUUCCUCAAUGUAUGUCUGACAACCUGCACACCUUUCCUCAACCCCAUAGAAGAGUUCUUCUCAUCAUGGCGGUAG